CGCACCGGCGGCCGCCCCGGAGCCGCUGCCCUCACCAUGAACAGAGGCUUCUCAAAGAAGAGUCACACAUUCCUGCCUAAAAUAUUUAGAAAAAUGUCUACUCAAUCAGCGAAAGACAGACCCGAAAGCUUGCAGUUCCCUUUCCUCGACGAUGAAGAUACCAUCUCCACAGUCAAAGAAUCUAAAACCUUUUUUAUUCUAAGGGGCCUGCCUGGCAGUGGGAAGUCCACUCUUGCCCAGGCUAUUCAAAAUAAGUAUAAAGAUGCCUGCAAGGUCAUCUCUGUUGAUAGCUACAAAAUUACACCUUUAAUAAGAAGCACCAUUCCUGAAGAAUAUUCAAAGGUGGAUGAGGAUCUAGUUGACUAUUGCAAACGAGACAUCAGCGUUAUUGUUUUGGAUGACACUCACCACGAGAGGGAACGACUGGACCAACUCUUUGAUAUAGCUGACAAAUACCGGUACAAAGUCAUCUUUGCCGAGCCCAAAACCCAGUGGCGAAUGGAUUGCUUGCAGCUGAAGGAAAAGAAUCAAUGGAAACUGUCAGUGGAAGAGCUGAAGAAGAUGAAGCCCAGCUUGGAGAAGGAAUUCCUACCCAUGUAUUUUGGGUGGUUUUUGAGCAAAAGAAGUUCAGAGAGCCUGAGGAAGGCUGGUCAGGCCUUCUUAGAUGAGCUUGGAAGUCUCAAAGCCUUCAAAAAGGAGAGUAAAUACUUUGCUUCCGCUAUCGAAGAUCCCAAAAUAAAACUAGAUCUCACCAGCUACUUCGUGAAGAGGCCGCCCGGGGUCUUACACUGCACCACAAAAUACACCGACUUUGGAAAAGCAGCUGGAGCUGAGGAAUACGCCCAGCAGGACGCUGUGAAGGCUUCCUACGGCAAAGGCUUCACCCUGUCCGUUUCUGCUCUGUUCAUCACAACAAAAACUGUUGGUGCUCGCGUAGAGCUGAGCGAGCAGCAACUGCUGCUGUGGCCUGGAGAUGCCGAUAAGAUCCUGCCCACCGACAGCCUCCCGAAAGGCAGCCGGGCUCACAUCACCCUCGGCUGCGCCAACAGCGUCGAAGCAGUCCAGACGGGGCUCGAUCUGCUGGAGUUUGUGAAACUGGAAAAGGCAGGGAACAAAGGGGAUGAAGUGGGGGAAAUCGGAGGAGGGAAACUGCUGUAUUUUGAUAAUGGUAUGUGGAUGCUCGUCCUUUCUAAAAAGAUUGAUGUGAAGGCAAUAUUCUCAGGUUACUAUGGAAAAGGAAAACUUGUGCCAACGCAGAGCACCAACAAACGGGGCUCUGCUUUUAGUUCCUGCACCAUCAUCUAGGAGCAUGGGCAGGGUAGCUGCUUUGUUUGUUUUUAAAAGGCAAGUAACUCCUGUAACCUUUAAAAGUGUAAAGAGAAAUAAUUCUACCUUUACUAAAGUAAGCCCCUUUGCCAACCCCAGUGUGAAGCCUCUCUGGGGAGACUUUAUUGGCCUCAGAACAAGGAAGAAAACAAGCAGCUCCUCGCUGACAGGAAAACUGUCACAUAACUGACGCCAGUAACUGAAGUGCUGCUGAGUGUAUUUUAAAGUAAGAGUUUUGGAGAGAACUAGCUGUGGUGGUGUGCUUGUUUUCUUCCUCAGAGGAAGAACUCCUUUGGUCUUUUAUAGCCUCCCCAUGAACCACAAUCGUUAGAUCUUUACGUGUCAGCACUGUAGCCUGUACAUAACUGGUCUGAAGCCAAGUGAAGUGAACUGCGUCAUGUCUCUCCCCUUCUCCCACACCCCAGGGACUGACAUCAUUCUGGUAGCUGAAUUACUGGGUAGAAACCAGCAGGACCCAACUAUGGAUCACUUCUGUCAAGCGUGGCAGGUCCUAAUAGUUUAGCCUGUAAGAAGAGAACUCGCAGAGGGCCGCAGGGUAUCGCACCGCCUCGAUCAGAGGUCGGUCCUGCUGCUGGGCUCUGCCCCAGUUCACGUUCGCUGUCUGCAUGUGAGCGCUUCCUUCAUUGCAGGGAAGAGCCACGCUGGUGAGCGGACAGAAGGAAGGCAUGUUGCCAGAUGGUGUCCUAAAGAGCGAGCCUGGACUUUAAAAAAAAAAAGCACAGAAAGGGAAAUCAGUGAAGUACCAGGAGAAGCAUUUGGUUCACUUCACACGUCAGCGCGGGCCGGACCAAGCACUGUCCGGCGUCCUUGUCCUGUAGGGAACAAUCCUGCCUUGGCAGGGAGUGGAAGAGAUGAACUAACAUCUUUUCCAUCUUAUUUUAUAGAAACUAAAAUCAUGUCUGAAGUAUAGACCUGUACUUCAUGCAAGAUUUUACUACUUCUCUCUAAUGCACUUGAAUGGUAAAAGUUAGGCUGGCAGUAACAUUGUAAUUUAAGAAGUAAGUGGAGGUAUUGUAACUGCGUAACUUAAGUCUGCUCAAACCUAAACUGUUGGUUGGAAAAAAAGUUAAUGAUCAAGCACUCCUGGUAAGUCUGUUUUAUUGAAACUCCUGUUUUUGCUCUUAGCCAGACCCUCUGCCAGGCGGUCAGUGGAUAUGUGGUCACUACUUUACCGUAACACAAAGCUCAACUAAUGGACUCGGGUCAGGACAACAGUUUAAACUCACGCUAUGGCUCAGUGUUUGGUGAACUGCACAGUGAAAUUAAUCCCGUAUUAAUACAUGUAAAUACUUACUGUGUUUGACAAGGGUGUGCUGGGCUCAUACCUGUAAAGGAGCUGCCGGGGGAGGGUGCAGCUUACCUGAGCUGGGUGCGCAUGGAAACCGUGGCUGGGGAAGCCCAACACUGCCUGUGCAAGAAGCAUUUCUGCUCCGAAUGCUUUAAACAAAAGCAAGGUGUGCUUUGGGGCUAAUCUGGUAAACACUCUCCAAGUUUACCAAUAAAGCAAAAUAAUUCUGCUGUUUCAAAGAGAUGGACAACAAUAAAUUCUCAUUAUAACAUAAGAAGUUACAUAUAUAUAUACACCCCCAUAGCACCUGUGAUCCUCCCUUACCUUCAACAGAAACCCUUGCUAGCUUCCGCACCGGCAGAGGGGUGAGUGCCUGGUACUCAGCUUGGGCCUUUCCUAGCAGGAAUCUCGCACGGGUUUGUUCCAUCAAAACACGUUUUCCAGCGCCCGCCCAGGAGAGCUGCUGUGGGACGUGGGAGCACGCUGACCCCCUCCCUCCAGCGCCCCGGGAACCACCCAGCGCUCCAGAUCACAUCCAGCACUGAAAUGCACAGCUGGAGUAUCUCAUUUAUUUGCCUGUUCAAGAACAACAGUGAGACUGUCGUCAUUUAAGUUUUUAUUAGUUUGUACAUCAUAUACAGUUUAUAAUAAAGUAAACCAAUUGCA